AUGAGGAGGGGAGGCAAAAUCGGGGCCUACAUGCCACCUCAUUGGCCACCAGUGUUUGAAGGUUUGCAGGCACCGUAUCUGUUGAAAUCGAUCACCAGCAGAAAUCUUCACUUUCUAGAUACCACCAGCUUACCAGGUUUGACUCUCACUGGAACAUUACAUUGGAUUGAAACAAAGUUUUUGUAUCAUCAAAAAUCAAAUUCAGGAUGGAAAAGACUCUAUUGCCCCCUGCAUUGAUUCAUGUAAUGAGUGUGGUCUUUCUGCUAAGAUCCCAAGGAGGAGUUGCUAACUUUAGAAUGAGUAAUGAGUUUCAAUUGUUCAUCACAUCUGUUGUAAUUGCCCAAUGUAUUUCCCAAACUGUUAAGUUUGUUGGAAUGAGUGGGGAAGAUGAAAAGAAGGCUUUUUUAGUAGCAUAUUGUUUUAAGGUGAUUGGUAUUCAUCACAUGUGUCUUAUGUGGAUCGUUGACCACAAUAUCCUCAUGAUACUCAUCAUGAACUUUUUGAUGAGGUUUAUUAUUCACUGUUGGGACAUUGGAAUGCUGGGUUACUUAGGUUAUCAAAUAGGUGUUGCUGUGAUAAGGGAGAAGAGGUUUUGUGUGAGGUUUCUUCUUAUCUGCUGGAGCAUUCUCAUCAUGGGUUUCAUAUAUGCAUCAGUCUUCAUUAUGGUGUCUGGCUAUAUGGGAAGUGGAGA